GUGAAAGGUGAGGUAGCGGCCGAAAGCGACGCGCACCCGCCCCCCGCGUCCACCCCCACCCGAAGCACGAAGCCAACCAAAAGCCACGCUCUCGCCGCCGCCUCCUCCUCCUCCGCGGCCACCGCCCCUUUCCCUUCCCUUCCCUUCCCUGCACGUCCGUGUCCGCUGUCACCACCGGCCCCGGUCGCCACCACUGUCACCUCAGCGGAGCCGCCCUCCUCCUCGAAUUCAUUUGCAUAUUAUUGGGCUCGGACGAUUACUGCUGAGCCGUCCUCUCCCCAUCCGAUCAGAUGAGCUGUGGGUGCCUCUUCCCAAUCCGAGAUUGCAGGAGAUGGUUGUAACAGUAGCUUCGUCCCAAUCUCCUUCUACGCCCCUAUCCCCCAGCCUCCGGGGCUUCAUCAGGGACGCGCCGCCCUACAGCACCCUGUCCCCGCCGCAGGUGCAGACGGCUGGUGUCGGCGGUGGUGGCGGCGGCGGCAAUGGGAAGAUCAGCCCUGCGGUGCUGUUCAUCAUAGUGAUUCUUGCGGUCAUCUUCUUCAUCUCCGGGCUUCUCCACCUCCUCGUGAGGCUACUGAUGAAGAAGCAGCACGGCCGUGGUGCCGGCAUGGGGGAGUCUGCUGCGUCGCCGCACCGUACAGGGGCGCGGGACGCGGCGAUGGACCGGCAGCUGCAGCAGCUGUUCCAUCUGCACGACUCUGGGCUCGAUCAGGCGUUCAUUGACGCGCUGCCUGUGUUCGCGUACCGUGAAAUUAUUGGUGGCAACAAGGAGCCGUUCGACUGCGCGGUGUGUUUGUGUGAGUUUGAUGGGGAGGACAGGCUCAGGCUAUUGCCGGUGUGCGGGCACGCCUUCCAUCUGCAGUGUAUAGAUACUUGGCUACUGUCCAAUUCGACAUGCCCACUUUGCCGUAGCACGCUCUUUGUUCCCGGGAUGACAAUAGAGAACCUGCUGUUUGAUUUUGAUGAGAGGUUGGAGGAGGAGCCUCUACCGGAGGAGUGUGAGGAUGGAUUCCAAGUUUCCAGGCAGAAACCCAUUGAUGAGGAGCAGCCGGUGGCUGAGAAGAGGGUCUUUCCAGUAAGGCUUGGGAAGUUCAAGAAUGUUGGAAAUCAGGGUGCCAUCGGUGGUGUGGUUGGCAAUGGCAAUGCAGCUGGUAUAGUGAGCAGGGAGCCAGGGGAGAGCAGCAGUAGCAACUUGGAUGCAAGGAGAUGCUUCUCCAUGGGCACUUACCAGUAUGUUCUUGGGGCUUCUGAACUUCGAGUGGCUCUCCAGCCAGGUCGCGGCAGAAUUGGUGCAAGCAACAGGUUUAAAGGAAGAGCUGCUGCUGGCUUAAGUUCUGUCAACUCUGACAUUAUGGAGGGCAAGAGGAUUUGUGCGAGGAGCAAAGGCGAGAGCUUCUCUGUGUCAAAGAUUUGGCAAUGGUCUAGUGUGAAGGGCAAGCUGCCAGCUCCUCAAGACACGUUCGCAGAUACAGGGAGUCUACCAUGGAUGAAAAGAAAUGCUGCUGGAGAUAAGUUAAAUAUGUGACUCUGUCUAUAGUCCUUUAGUUCUUUUUUUUUUGGCCUCAUGUUGGCUGCUAAAUUAGCUAUUUCAUCUGAUUUAGGGUAUCUCAGCGCUCAUCAAAAUGAUCAUUCUCAUCAAGGGAUAAUUUUUGACAGGCUUGCUAUAUUUCACGUAAUUGUUUGUAAUUGUUCACAAUGGUAUUUUCGUGUUUUUGGUAUCCCAGAAAUUCUAUUCAGAAGCCUAAUCAUAUCACCAUACGUGAAGCAUCAAUUUCUACUCUAUUUGUGUUCUUGAUUCUGUAAUUUCAUUGCGUGCAAUUAUCAAAAAGGA